GGAGGAAGAGGCGAAGACGGAAGCGGCUGAGGCGGCGCGACCCGGCCCUGCGCCCGGUGUCGACGCCGCUAUGCAGCCAGAUACAGGGAAGACCCGGAUACGGCCCAAGAAACCAGACAUGGCCUUGUAUGUUCCCAGAGCUCUGCGCGAAAUUGCAGUUCCCAAAACCAGCACCUUAUUGGCCACCAGAUGUGACAGAGAGGUGAACCAUUGUCCACCGGGGAAGGAGAUCAUUAAAAGACAUAAAACAAGGCCAAGUCCCAAAGCCGGGAGAGGCUUGCUUCACAGAGAGCAGGGAGGAGUCCUCUCUCCUCAGGAAGAGAAAAGAACAACAUCCAGAGACUGUAACGAUGUAUUCCACCAAAGCAGCCCAAGUCCAAAGAUGAAGUACAAGGAGGGGCCACAGCCCCUGCGUAAGCCCAAACCGUACAUGCAGUUGCCUUCCCCUGGGUUCCUGAGUCAAACUCCAGGACCGCUGCCAACCACUGAAGUGGGGUCAUCUCUAGAGUGCAGCACUGUGCUCUCCACCAGCUUACAGGAGAGGAUGGCCAGUCUUCAGAUCCAGCCAGAUUUCAUUAGUGUGGACUACACUGAGGAAGAAGAGCAUAUGCUUCCAUCAGCAGGACAAGGGACUUGCAGCAUUGAGAUGAGCAAGCAGGCAGGAGCAUUCUUCCUAGACCAGGUAGGGCUGAGUGAGAAUGUGCUGCAGUGUGCUAGUGAGAGGCUCUCAGAUCAGGCAGAGAUGAAUGAAGAUAGUACACUGGCCAGUAAGGUUAAGCAUCUGAGCAAAUGUGACUUGGGACCAACUGGGGUAAGUGGGGAUGAGACAUUUGAAAACUCUGGCAGGGAGGCCACAGGCAGCAGAGAGGCACUUGAGGAUUGCUCAUCAAAGUGUUCAGGUGAGAGAGCAUCAGCUGAAACAGACAGCAAUAACAGCAUUUCAGGGCACAUUAGCAAUACACACAGCACAUGUAAAUACAUAGGCAGCUGCAGUCAGACGGAGAUGAAUGACAGUAGCAUGUUGGAAUAUGCUCCCAAGAGCGUUCCAGGUGAGACAGGUCCAAAGGAAGUUAGUGUGGCUGAGGAUGCAAGUGGGAACAUUCUGGCUCAAGCGGAAGUGAGUGAGUAUAGCAUCCUGAAGCAUGCAGAGGAAAGCAAGAAUGGAGCAUACAGUCAUGCAGCUGAAUACACGUCUGAUUGCAACAUAGCUAAUGUGACUGGCUGCGUGGGUGAGAGCACCUUGAUCCAGACAACAACUAGUAGCCUGGCAGCCAGUGCAGUCAGGCAACUCUCAAGUUGUUCAGAGGUGGCUGCAGGUGAUAGCUGCUCAGAUGAGCCCUGUGGGAGGCUGGAUGGUCUGUCCAGUUGCAUAUUCAAGGAGGGUGACCUGGGGCAGGGGUGUGGCAAUGAGAAGGGGGGUAGCUUCUCUCACCUCAUCCACCAGGGCAAACCUGAGUCUGAGGCUUCACCAGCAGUAGGAGGUGCCACUUUUGGUUUAGGAGAUCAAAACUCAAAGCACAAUCCUGAGGCCUGGAGUUCUGCCAAGGAGGCUGCCAGCUGCUUACAGGAAUGUACCCCUGAGGAGCUGGUACACUUGCCAGCUGUGGAGGAUCCCAAGAGCACUCUGGACCAAGCAGAAGCACCCUGGGGUGGUGCCUUAAUGGAAGCUCCAGCCCAGAGAAAUGUGGGCAUGAGAUUGCUGCAUCCGUCUGGAGACAUGGCCGAAAGGGAAGCCGAACCAGAUGUGCCAUCCAGCUGGGAGGAGCCCACUAGCACCAGUGAUGGUCCUGCUACCCUCAGUGAGGACGGCAAUGUGGCAAGUGAGAGCUGGGAUUCUCUCUUCAAUGAUGAUGGUGAUUGCCUGGAUCCACGGUUGCUGGAGGGGCUGUCUGGCCACGCCUCACCCCCCUCUGGAUUUCAGGAGCCACGUUUUGACUACUACAGCCACUCUCCAGCUAAUCUGGACCUGAGUGAGUCCGAAUUUCCGCAUGUCAUUGAGAUCUAUGACUUCCCACCGGAAUUCCGCACAGAGGACCUGCUGCAUGUUUUCUGCAGUUACCAGAAGAAAGGCUUUGACAUUAAAUGGGUUGAUGACACACAUGCGCUGGGUAUCUUCUCCAGCCCCAUUGCAGCUGGAGAUGCUCUCAGCACCAAGCACCUGAUGGUGAAAACCCGUCCGCUGUCACAGGCCACUAGAGCUGCGAAGUCCAAGGCCCGAGCCUAUGCUGAAUUCCUGCAACCAGCCAAAGAACGCCCUGAGACUUCAGCCGCUCUGGCCAGGAGGCUGGUGACAGGCGCCCUUGGUGUGCGGAGCAAGCAGAGCAAAGCAGAACGUGAAGCCGAGCGCCAGCAGUUACAGGCAGCCCGAGAGCGGAAGCGCCUGGAGGCCAAGCAGAGGGAAGAUGCCUGGGAAGGCCGUGAGUGAGCCAACUCUAUGGCAAGGUGCAGACGCAUGACCAUAGAUUGCUCUC